ACAAGAAACUAUGUUGUGCUUGUUCGGAUUCUGCCAAUUCACUUGAAGCUCGCUAGCUUUCUGCUAUCUAUGAGCUACUCUGGAACCUGUGUUAUAUUCUUAGCCUUCUCGAGCUUUCCGUGGACACUCAUUGAUUCCAAACCGGUGUUGACAUUGACGAGCGACGUAUAUCUGUCUGAAAGAUUCGAAUGCGCGGUGGGCUCCUCUAAAGUAUCUUGUCUUUUGAACGGGUAGAGGACCUUGUUCUUAGACUUGGUAUACGUAGUUUUACAGAGUGUGUUUUCGUCAGGAUGGCCGAGCCAACGUCGUCAGAACCUAAGCGAGAUGAGUCGGAACAGACUAGCAAAGCAGAUACCCCGGGUCUGACUGACAAACCAGUAGAAUCAGAAACGCAUGCUGGUUUCGAGAAACCCGAAUCAUCCGAGGACGUUAAUAAGGAGAGUGCGAAGAAGAAGCCAGCGUCGGAUCCCUUGUCAGCGGGUCCGCUGAUGGUCAUCGCGGUGCUUCUGCCGGUGGUGCUGGUGGCGGGCGUGUUCAUCCAACGGCCGUCAACCGCAGCCGACCUUGCCCAGAUGCACACAACCGCUCUCAGCUGGCUCGACUUCGGCGCGUUCACUGCGGAAAAGCCCGCAGAAGGUCCUCGGGGCGAGCGGCGCAUCAUUCAGCUGUCGGCGUGGAAGCCGCGCGCGUACCUGUACAAGGGCUUCCUCUCGGACGCCGAGUGCGACCACCUCGUCAGCCUCGCCAAGCCGCGCCUUGAGAGGUCGGAGGUGACGGACAGCGAGGACGGGCACAGCGAGGUGAGCGCGGUGCGCACGAGCAGCGGCAUGUUCCUCGACAAGGCGGAGGACGCCGUCGUGCGCGCCAUCGAGGACCGCAUCAGCCUCUGGACCUUCCUGCCCGUUGAGAACCAGGAGUCGCUGCAGAUCCUGCGGUACGGCGUGGGGCAGCAGUACGAGGCGCACCACGACUACUUUGACGACCCUGUGAACACGCAGCAGGGCGGGCACCGCUUCGUCACCGUGCUCAUGUACCUCAACAACGUCACCCGGGGCGGGGAGACCACCUUUCCCGAGCACAAGGACCCCACGCCCAAGGACGACUCCUGGACCGACUGCGCCAAGGGCGUCCUGGCAGUGAAGCCGGUGCGUGGCGACGCACUGCUAUUCUACAACCUGCACCCUGACGGGUCGGUGGAUCCCAGCAGCCUGCACCACGCGUGCCCCGUGGAGGCGGGUGAGAAGUGGUCGGCACCCAAGUGGAUCCACGUGCACAACUACGACUCACCUGCUGCCGGCACUCGGGGAGGGCUCUGCGUGGACUCCAACGGACUGUGUGAGGCGUGGGCGUCCAUGGGUGAGUGUGAGACGAACCGGCCAUACAUGAUUGGCACAGCAGGCAACCCCGGUGCCUGUCGCAAGGCGUGCAAUGCAUGUGGGGACGCCACUGCGGAGUAUAGUGAGGACGAUUACAGCGAGAAUGCGGAGGGGGGCGACAGUCAUGGGGAUGAAGCUGGAGAUGAACAGGAAGAGGGUGCAGAAGGGACGGUAUAUGGGCCUAGUGAGGUGGAGGGUGCUGGUGCGAGUGAGGGUGAUGCGGUGCAGUCAUCACGAUGAGAUCUCAGAGGAUGCAGUCAUCAUGUGGCCGAGUGCGCACCUCCCUAGUGCCGAGUGGCCACCCAUGUCAAUGCCCCGCAAGAGCGUAGGAGGUUGUGAUUGUGCUGAGGUGCAUUUGUGUAUGGUACUGUGUGUCCUGAGGUCCGUUCCAUGGCAUAUGGUAUGAUAUGAGCCGUUUCGUGUCGUAUGUGUGAAUGAAGAUCUGAUAGUUGUCUAUAGACCAUUGUAUAAUCUCUGAUUCCACAAACCUAAUUCCACUUCUCAGAGUACAACAUCACUUGGAGAGCUUGCUUAGUCAC